AGCGUGACACUCGUAACCACAAAUAUUUACUGUACUGUGUACUGACUUACUCCAUGUUGGUAGGAUUCUUAUCACCUGAUACCGCUCGUCAGUUGAAAAAUAUCGGCGAGAAUUUAGCUUUUAUAGAUAAGAUUAUAAACUGAAUUGCCCACCUUUGAACUUGCUGGACUUUGCAACCCAUUUACGAUUAAGUACACAUAUUAUAAAGGCAAGCCUGUAAGCUUUAAAAGAAACCUUAAGUUGUACCUAAACCUUUGUUUUGGCGAAAUAUGUAAUUUAUAAAUCAUUCGCAAUAAAUAAAUAUACCUAUUCCUUUACUUAGCGAUUACAUAACGAUGACAAUUGCAAGAUCAAUAUAAAUGAUUACAUUGAUAGGUAGGUUACCUAUCUAAAGUAGAUUAGACGUAGCGUAUUUAUUUCAAAGUACAAGUUACACCACGUCAGUUUGGAUAACACGAGUGUACGGCAAGCAUUUAAAAUGGUGAAACAAAGGAAGUAUGUUGUGAAGAAACAUUUCCAGGGAGUGCCCAAGCGAGAUGACUUCGAAAUCGUGGAGACCGAACUACCCUCAAUCAAGAACGGAGAAAUCCUCCUCAAAACCAAAUGGAUCAGUGUGGACCCCUACCAGCGAGCUUACAGCUCCCGCUACCCCGUGCCUUACGACCAAUUCGGAUACCAAGUUAGUUUAGUAUUGGAAUCCAAAGAUCCCAAAUAUCCAGAAGGCUCUAGAAUCGUCAGCCACAAAGGCUGGUGCGACCACAGCGUCAUAAAUACAAGCUCAGGCGAAGCACCUUCAGGCUUAAACGCCGUCUAUAAGCUUCCCGAUUUAAAGGGCCUGCCCAAUUCUCUAGGAAUCGGAGCUAUUGGCAUGCCGGGCGCGACCGCGUACUUCGGAUUGCUGGAACUAUGUAAGCCGAAAGCAGGCGAGACGGUGGUGGUAACUGGCGCUGCCGGAGCAGUGGGGUCCAUCGUUGGACAAAUCGCCAAAAUCAAAGGUUGUACAGUCAUCGGCUUCGCCGGCUCGGAUGACAAGGUUGAGUGGCUGGAGAAGGAGUUGGGUUUCGAUAAAGCAUUCAAUUAUAAAACUACGGAUGUCUUGACGGCUCUCAAGGAAGCGGCGCCAAAAGGAGUGGACUGCUAUUUUGAUAACGUUGGAGGCGAAAUAAGUAGCCAGAUCAUUUCUCAAAUGAACCUUUAUGGAAGAGUUGCCGUCUGCGGAAGUGUAAGUGCUUACAAUGCAGAUCUCCUGAAUACACCUAAAGCAUCUAUACUGCAGCCGAGUAUAGUAACUAAAGAGUUGAAAAUCGAAGGUUUCAUUGUUUCGCGAUGGCUGUCGCGUUGGCCCGAGGCAUUCGCCGACCUGAUAAAGUGGGCCAAAUCUGGCCAACUGAAGACCAGAGAGCACGUUACCGAGGGAUUUGACAAUAUCUACGACGCCUUUGUCGGAAUGCUGGCCGGUGAGAAUACUGGUAAAGCUGUCGUUAAAGUAUAAUUUUAUAUAGUACAGAUACAGAUAUUCACCAUA